UACAUCAUCUGACUGAGUCAACAAGAGGUCCAUCAGAUAAAAGCUGCGGGCGACUGGAGUGGAAUGAAACUGGCACUGAUUUAUCGAAGCGUUCUGCUCUAAUGGGUCCACAUCACAGACGCUGCAGAGCAGACGGGAUGAGGCAGGUGUCGUGACCCGACCCUGGAAAAUGGCAGCAUCUCUUCUGGUCACCAACAUCACCCAGGAGUGGAUGGACAGCCUGCAGCGGUGGCACCUGGAAUUCUUCUUCAUCCCCACCGCUGUGGUCACCCUGGCCACUCUCCUGAUCAACCCUGUUCUCCUCACGUGCAUCUGUCGCUCCCGAGCUCUACGCCAGGAGACCCGCUACCUGCUGGUGGCCAACACUCUGAUCGCUGACAUCCUCUUCCUCAUCCUCAACCUGACCACCAUGGUCUGUAACCAUCUGAAGGUCCAGAUGCCCUGGCUGCUGUGUGAGCUGGUCACCGCAGCGACGGUCACUUCCUACUGCUCGGCCAUCCUCACCGUCACACUCAUGGUGGUGGACACCUAUGCUGCGGUCCGCUGGCCGCUCCGGUAUCAUGCCCUCCUUCCGCCCUCCUUCACUCACCGCAUCCUGGCCGGGGUGUGGGUCCUGGCAGCUGUCUACCCCUUCACCCUGGUGAUCAUGAUGGAGUCUGAGGAGCUGUAUCCACACGAGGAGGUGGCCGUGUGCCUGGUUCUGGUCUCUCUUGGUUUCAUUCAGGUCCAGAACAUUGUGGGAGUGCACAUUUAUUUCUUCAUAGCCGCACUUCUCUGCGCCUUGCUCAUUCUUUACUGCUACUUUCGCCUCUACAUGGUGACCAGAACUCAUGGUAUCUGGCAGACCCGGUUCUCCAGAGCCAGAAUGACCCUCCUGGCCCACGGCCUGCUGCUGCUCCUCUACUUCACCCCUGGAUUCAUCUUCACGCUGGAGCUCUUCCUGUUCCAGAAGGACGACAUUAGUCACGACGUCCAAGUUUGGAUCAGCACGGUGAACAUGUGUGGUUUCAUGCUGCUCCCCCGGGCUUUUGCUCCGUACCUGUACGGUCUGAGGUACCGAGAGGUUUCGGACUCCCUGCUGCAGCUGCUGCACCGACGCACCACGCCCAACCAGGUUAUGCUGUCGUGA